UUCCGUCAUAAAAUUAUUACUUUCUUAAUUCCCGGGACGUAUCCAGUAUCCACGUACGAACGGUAAAGAACUGAAGUAUUAUUUACUUAUGUAAAAAUAUUAGGUAAAAAAAAGUAUGACAUCAUUCGAUGAAAGAUUUUGGACGAAAUGAAAGACGCAACGUUUCAUGGACUGAACAGUAAAUGUUGGAAUAAAAUAAAGACAUUGGACUUUUCAUGUCAAGCCAGUCAAAAGAGUUAUAGAAGUUCUAUUUGUACAUGCAGAAAACAUAAGAAAACACAAAUAUUUAAAAGGAAUACAAACUCUGAACAAAGCUCUAUUGAUUUAGGCGUUGAAAGAAUCAAAGUAGUGCAUAAAAAGAAAAUUGUUGUAUAUUUACCAGAAAACAAAGGAGUUCUGAACGUGACAAAAAACAUAUCAUCAAAGUGUGUAGGAGGCUCGGUGUCAGAUCAAAAUACAGGUGAUACUUUAAAAAAUAUUCAGAAUAAACACACGCUAAAGGAAAGUUGCGAAUUCAAUAAACGUGAAAUUAAAAGAAGUGAUCCAAAUACUCAACAAGGCUAUAUACAAACGAGGGUUCAGAGGGACAUUCAUGGUAUCAAAAAAAUAUCAAACCCUAAUAAAGAAACUAAUAAAAUAAAGAAUUACCCUAUUGAAACAAAAAAUCGUGACAAAUUGUCGUCGGAUUCUUCAAUAGAACGUAUAUACAAUUUAGAAUCUUCAACAUCAGAUACUUCUGAAAUUCUGUCAAUUUCUAACGAUGAUAAAUUAAAAGGCUGUUAUAGCUUGUCCUUAAAGAAUAAUAGUAAAAGUUGUAGACGUGAGCCUCAAUCUGAAUUAAGACGCCCAACGAUUAUAGAAAAGGCUAAUGAAAUUUUAAAACAAGGUUUAAGUUGGAUAAGAGAAUCUUCUAAGGACUUAAUAGGCAGAGAAAAUUUCACCAAAGCGAUUAAUAAGGAAGUUUCAGUAACCUCCUCUCCUCCUUCUUUAACAGCCCGGUCUGUAUCCAGUACUAAAUUUCUUAGUCCAAAAGCAUCUGUAGUUAGUCCUAGUAAAACGGAAAGACUCAAAGACUCCAAUAAAAAAGAAAAGAGUUUAAAAGAAGAGACAAAAGCAGAAGACGUACGAACAAUGUUUAAGUUGUGGGAGAAAAAAUUUAAUUUUGAAGACGAAAGUAACAUUCCAAAUGCACCAAAAACUGGCAAUGCGUCACUUUUAGAGGAGAAAGAUAUCGAUAUCUCAAAAAAUAAUGACUUAAAAGAUACACAAGCACAAGACCACAAAAAGAGCAAAAAUAUAUUUUCAUUCUUUAGGAAAAAGAAUAAAGACAAAAGCUCGUUUAAAGGAAAAAAGGUAACUGCUGGUCGUUGUGAGUUAGGCGAUGGCAUUGUUAUCAAAAUAGCUCUAGACGAUAGUAGUUCAAUUACAUCAAGUAAGAAAAUUGAUGACACAAAAAUCGAAAAAAAUAUUCUGCAACAUUCUUGGCUUAAGAAAUUUGUAACGAAUUCAGGAGAUUCACAAAAGAGUGUUCAAUUGAGAUGGGACAACAAAACUUAUGGCACAAGUAGCAAUACUAUUUCAGAACUUAAAAAUUAUACCUUCCACGAUGCUUCAAUAAUUUUACAAUCAAAUACUAAACUAAGUCCGAAAGUCACCUCGCGUGACGACAACCAUCCAAAACACAGUGUGAAUUUUAAACAAGACAUAAAAGCUUGUAUGAUACCUAAGACUAUUUGUCAAACUCCAGUCAAUAAAAACUGUCACACACACGAUAAUAAAAAAAUAUUUCCAAGUAACAGCAAGAAGUUUAAAGCUAAAUCAAAGAAUCAUAUUGAAAUCUUUCUACCCGCCUCUUCUAGGAACUCCAAUAAAAGUUCAGAAUACAUAACGAUUCACAUACCUGAAGAAUACUUUUCAGAAGAUAGUGAAGACCAAAAUCAAUAUACCGAUGAAGAAGUAUAUAACAUAGUGGAAUAUGAGUCUAAUAAGUCAGAUAAGUCAUCUUUCAACAUUUUGAAAGAUGACAAAAUUGCUCAGAAAUUUCAUACAGGAGAUUAUUUGCAUAAUGACACAAAGGAAAACAGACAAAUAUUUCAAGCCUGUAGAGGAGUCGUUUUACAGCAAAGUAAUGCUUGUUUACCUAAAGUUAUAAAAGUUGGUGUUAUAACACACAGAGAUAAUAUAACUUGUCUAGAAAAAUCUAUGAAAUCUCAAGAUAAUCCAAAUGAAUCGCAAAAUCGUCAACCACAGAGAAAGUGUGAUCUGGCUGAAAAUUAUUUACUUGAUUAUUGCAGAAACGUAAUUCCUCAUGGCUUGGACUUAGACACAUCUCAAAUUAGCGAAUCCCAAUGGCAGUUAAUAUCAUUAAAUAGUUCGGAUAACUAUUCUAAUAGUGGUCAAUGCACAGACCUUAUUAAUGUAAUGUCAUCCAAAUCAUCAACAGAACGAAGCUGUGAAGUAAGUAAAAUAAAGGACUGGAAACAAAUCCAUACACACCAUUUCUUUAGCAAAAUCAGAAAAAAAACUUGCAGUCCUCUCCCUCCCUGCAAUAUUCGAACAUGCCCUAAGGAUUCAAUAGAAGUGUGUAAGAAAAGAAAAAUAUAUGCGUGCAGUAAUAAAUCGAAAUGGGGAAAUAAUAGUAUAGAUGAAAAGCCCAAUACCGAUGGCAAGAUAUCUGCAUAUAGUACUGAAACUGACGAAAAUUGUACCGAUCCAUGCACCGACAUUAAUGAAAGACCUCUAGAUGGAAUAUUAAAAUUCAAAGGAGUAUCUGAUUGUAGUAACUGCAAAAAAAAUGAAAAACUGCCCAGAAAAGCUGCUACAGUUAAUCCUGAUUCAAUCUGUCAAAUACCACAACCACCAUGCCUAGAAAAAUGUUCAAGUGUACGAAAUCCAAUUUGUACUAAAACAAAUUCACCGACAUGCCACGCUCGUUCACCUGAAUGUUUAUCACAAGAACUUAAAGUUUCUCAGACAGAGCCAUCACAAACCAAAGUGACCCAAACAAAGUCACACCAGGUCACGCCAAGCAGCUCUCACGCAAUUUGUUUGAAUGCAAAAAAAUCAGACGCGAAACGUGAAACAGCUGAUGAGACUUCUCAAAUUGACUGUUUUUGUUCUGGUGAAGAAAAUGUCCUACCGACAUCUCAAUCUACAGACCCUCUUAAAGAAACUUUGCCAUCUGGACAUUAUGUUCCGCCUCCUGUAUGUCCUUUAGAUCCUAAUAGUUAUUGUUGCUGCAAGCCAAAUAGCAGUUCAUUUACUUCUAGAAGCAAAGCAACGAUAUCGUCCCCAAAAAAUAUUACUACAACAUUCUAUCAGAGAUCGCUUAACAUAAGUAACAGAAAGAAAUGUAACUGUAUAGGCAAAAGAAAUAUAGUAACUAGUAAAUGUGCCCCAGAUGAUCCUAAUUGUAAUACAAAUAUGAAUACUAAAAAAGACUCAAGUAAUUUGUUGAAUACAAAGCUUUCACCAAAAUCAUCUUCAAAGAAAGAGAUAAAUGACUCUGAAAUGCGUGCUAGAGAGGAUGGGAAUUCAGAAGAGGCGAAGAAAGACGAAGAAGAAAGAAAAGACAACAAAAAAUCUGCUUUGACUAAAUCAGAGAGUGCCAAAGACAAAUCUAAUAAAAUUGAAAGUAUGAAUAGUAACAAAAAAUUUAGUACCAAAGAAAAAACAGAUAAAUUUGAAGGAAUUAAUCGUGACGAAAUAGAAAGUACAAAACAAGAAACUAAUGGAAUUGAAGGAGUGAAUCGUGAAGGGAUUCCGAAGAAAAAAGAAGGUUCCAAAGAAAAAGCAAAUAAAAUUGAAAAACCAAAUUGUGACGAAAUACUAAACGACGUGUAUAAGGACCCAACCCAGAUGAUAAAGGAACAAAAAAGCCUAGACAACAGUGGAAUACAGCGUAAAUUAAGUAUAUCAGAUAUUAUUGAAAUUAAUAUCUGUUUGAAGUUUAAGAAUACAGGGGCCAGCAAAUCCAGAAUCAAACCUCAAUAUGCAUACAAUGUUGACGAAAAGUCAGACAUCCAAAACAUAAGCACAAACUAUUUUCAAACCUGCCCAGCUAACGAAAACGAAGGUUGCCAAAUAAAAGGUCAAACAGAAGAUAUGAACAUUACUAUAAACAUUCAAUCUGUGAGACUGAAUUGCAAUUCGUCAAAUAAUAAUAGUCUAAGCAAUGCAAGAAUGUUCAAAACAGAUAAUUCAAUAAAUUAUAGUGAACAUUUCUUGCAUGAUCAUCGCCCAACUCUAGAUUUCACAAAUUCCAUAAAUAAAGUUACAUUUGCAAACGAGCAAAUAGCAAAUUUUGAAAUGACAUGUGGUACAGACUUUGCAUCUUCAAAAGCAACUGAUUCUUCCAUUGUCAUCAAUGAAGACGUUACGGAAAAUUAUUCGAAUAAUAAUAAUACAACAGAAAAUAAUUCUGAGACUAGCGAUUUUAAUUCACAUUAUAAAAUAGAAGUUAUAAACGACCUUCAGAAAGAGAUUGAAAAGAAUGAGGACGCAUUGAGUGCUAAUGAAUCCAUUAAAGACAUUGUAAAUCGAAAACUUGUAUCAAUUUUGAAAAAACUUCAAAGAAAUGAAAAGAAAGAAGUUUUGAAACAAAUUUUGGAGAUCGUAGGUAAUAUGAAUUGUGAAAGAAAAGGAAAAAAAGUGAAACGAAUUAAACAUCUUAUGCAGGCAGUUUUAACAUCUGACAGCGAACACGAUCAGGAAAAUGAUAUAAAAAGUACAAGGAGACCUUUGGAUAAUCCGUCCAAAAAUACAUUAAAUCAUACUGGAUGUUGUUAUAACAAAAAAGUUAAUGUUGAAGAGCAAAAUUGCUGUUGCAAUCAAAUUGAGAUUGAAACAAAAAACUGCUGCUGUAAAAAUGUGGAAAGUGAUAAAAAAAUUUGCUACAAAAAAGUUGAUGUUAGUAAAGAAUCCAGCGAAAUAGAACAAGGUAUAAGUGCUCAAGAAGAAGAAAAUUUAAAGGCAGAGGUAAUACAAGAUUCAAAUAGUAUUAAAAUGGAAUCAAUUAUUAUGACAGAGGUGUCUACGACAAUGGAAUCGAGGGUAGUUAGCGGUUCUACUAAAAUGGUGUCAAAUAUUUGCAGUCCUUUGAACCAUACAAGGCAGAAGAAAGAAAAAGAGUUUGUAUACUUGGCGAGCGAUAAAGUUUUGUUCUUUCUAUCAGAUUCAAAAGAUAAUAUAAGGAAAAACAUUAAUAGGAAACUGUGUAAUAAGUCAGCACACGCUCUGCAGCUAAGAGAAACCAAGAAGGCGGUGUUAAAAAUUUAUUGCCAAAGAAGAAUAUCGAACUCUAUUAUUAAACUCCCAAAAUUUAUAUCUCAUAGACAACGGGCACCUCAACCAUAAGCCAUCAAAUAGAUAUUUAGCCCACUAUAAGAAUUUAUGGCUAACAAAGAUAACGUUCAU